UCAGCCGCGGAGCCAAGUUCCUUCCAUCUUACAGGACCCCACAGUCUCCUCACAUAGCUGCUGAUUUCUACACUUGCUGGAUAUAUGAAGAAUAAGAGAUGAAUUUGGAGCAGGACCGGUCCUUUGUGUGCAAUGCUCCUGGCUGCUCACAGCGAUUCCCCACAGAGGAUCACCUGAUGAUUCACAGGCACAAGCACGAGAUGACCUUGAAGUUUCCUUCAAUAAAGAAUGAUAACCUGUUGUCAGACCAGACGCCGACUCCAACUCGUUUCUUGAAAAACUGUGAGGAAGUGGGGCUCUUCAAUGACAUUGACUUGGAGCAUGAAUUUCGAAGUGCGCAAGAAGAAGAAAACAGCAAAAGGAACAUCACACUACAUAACUCGGUUGGAGGCAUGGCAGGACCUGCAUCACACCAGCUAUCAAAUCCAAGACUGCCAAACCAUGACACCAGUGUUGUAAUACAACAGGCAAUGCCAUCUCCCCAGUCCAGCUCAGUCAUCACACAAGCACCUUCUACAAAUCGCCAGAUUGGGCCUGUCCCGGGCUCUCUUUCCUCACUACUGCAUCUCCACAACAGACAACGACAACCCAUGCCUGCCUCUAUGCCUGGCACGCUGCCCAACCCCACCAUGCCUGGAUCCUCUGCUGUGUUGAUGCCUAUGGAAAGACAGAUGUCAAUGAACUCCAAUAUCAUGGGGAUGCAGGGGCCCAAUCUAAGCAACUCUUGUGCUUCACCUCAAGUCCCUCCAAUGCACUCAGAUGCCAAAAUGAGAUUAAAAGCAGCUUUAUCCCAUCACCCUGGAACUAUAUCUAAUGGAAAUAUGAAUUCAAUGGGACACAUGAUGGAAAUGAUGAACAGGAACAGUCAGGAACAGUCUCCACAUCAUCAUAUGCACUCUCAUCCUCAUCAGCAUCAAAAUCUCCCGCAACAUCACCCAUACUCUCAUCAGCAGCACCAGCAGCCGGCACAUCAUCCCCAUUCUCAGCCUCAUCACCAAGGACAUGCUCAUCAUCACUCCCAUUCACAUCUGCACCCGCAUCAGUCACACCACCAGACGUCACCACAUCAUCCCCUGCACAGUGGCGGACAAGCACAGCUCUCACCAGCAGCACAGCAAAUGCAGCCCACUCAGACAAUACAACCCCCUCAGCCCACGGGAGGCCGACGCAGGAGGGUGGUGGAUGAGGAUCCAGACGAGAGGCGGCGAAAGUUUCUGGAAAGGAACCGAGCAGCUGCCACCCGGUGCAGACAGAAAAGGAAGGUCUGGGUGAUGUCACUGGAAAAGAAAGCAGAGGAACUCACCCAGACAAACAUGCAGCUUCAGAAUGAGGUGUCCUUGUUGAAAAAUGAGGUAGCACAACUCAAACAGCUAUUGCUAACACAUAAAGACUGUCCGAUUACUGCCAUGCAGAAAGAAUCACAGGGAUACUUGAGUCCCGAGAACAGUCCACCCGAGAGCCCAGUUCCUGCAUGCUCCCAGCAGCAAGUGAUCCAGCAUAACACCAUUACAACUUCCUCUUCAGUCAGUGAUAUGGUUGGAAGUUCCUCUCUAAACCCUCUUGCCAACCACAGAACAGACAUAAAUCCCAUUCUCUGAAACAAUGGGUUCAAGAACUGCCUUCGGGAGUUUGGUAUUAAAUCAGAUCUUCCAUUUUUAUGAACUUUUUUCAACUUUAUUUGAAACCUGGAAGUCUCUUCAGUCAUUGAAAGACCUUACCUACCCUUUUUUAUAGUAUUCAUUGUUUUGUCUUUUUUUGUCAAAGAAAAGGGAUUUUAUGACCUUAUCAUGCAGUUUGGGGAAAUGCGUGAUGCUUUCUCAGUGUUCUGGUACAGUGUAUUUGUGUAUGAACUGCCGCAUUAUGUACAUAGCUCCAUUUUUGGCUUUUUUUUCUUAUUGAUAUAGAGCCAUUUGUUCUUUUUAAAAUGUAUGAAUAUAAAAAAGGUUAACAGCCAUUUCUGCUCAAAGACCAAAUUCAGGGGGCUGCAUCAAGGUAAUUAAGUGUACCAUUUAAUUUUUUUAGAGCCAGCCAUUUUCUAGGGCAGACCCAACCUUUGAGAAACUACAUCCGAUGAACCUGGAAGCAAUUCCUCAAGCUAUGUCAGAUGAAAUAUUUGCACCACAAAAGAGUUGCUUCCUUUUUUCGUGGGUAAUGUACAUGUAGCAUUGUAAAAGCAACUACAGUAUGAUCUGUUACAUUUCCAGUACUAAUCUAUACAUUUCAGAAUCCUUAUAUUCACAAUUUAGCUAAAGAAAGAAGUGUAGAUAACCUUAAACUAUAUAACUUAAUGGGCUUCAUGUAUCCCGACUGUCCUUGCUGUUCAUGGCAACCAGUCCAUACUCUCUUGCUGGCAUUUGAAUUGCAAAAAUUGUGACAUUUGAACUCUGUGUCCUGGCAAAAUCAGGACUUUUGGGAUGUAUAUCCAUGAUUCCAGGGAAAUUUAAAAAAUUAAAACUAAAUUUGAUUGGUUGUUGUGAACAGUAGGACAUCUCUUCUACUGAGGUUUCAUAGAUGAGGCCAUCUGGGGCAGACUUAUCAAGUAAAAACCUGGUCUGAGGCUUAUGACAAAGGUUUCAGGUGGUGUGUGUCUUAUUAAUGUAAGAUUUAAGCCUAUUUAGAGACUCCAAACGACACUUUUGAUGGAAAUAACAGGGUGUGGCUUGUUACAGUUUAUUUCAAAACGUUGAUAAUUUUGGGGUGCAUUCACAUGGACGUAUCUCGGUCUACGUUUGGGCCAAAGCAAGAACGGAUUGUAGAAAAGGAAAAAUUUGCACAAAGUUUUUCUAUUUUCCUUGGAAGUUAUUCUCAUGAUAAAACAUAGACAUGUAAAUGCAUCCCUCAGGCCUUGUUAAGGCAACUGUAUUACAACUAAAUUAAGGAAACUGUAUAUUUAGCUUAAAAAUGCAAUCCGAUCACUUUUAGGGACCCUUUGGAGAAUUUUUUUUUCUCCGUAAUUCCUCUUUAGGGGUUCAUUCGUGUCUUGUAGCUAAAUAUACAUGUCCCCCGUAGAGCUGUAAUACAGUGGCCUGAAUUAGACACAUUAAUUAUCAUCCAUGAUUUUUUUAACUAUGUAACAGAAACAUGAAUAUGUUUUUGGACAAAAACAACACAUUUCCCUAUAGCAGUAUUUAUGAAGCUGUCCCGCCACGUUAUAAAGAAUAAUGUGCCUCCUACUAUAUUUUACUAUAGCAAUCCUGAAUGUUCAGGCCUACAUCAAGUUCUGACCUUGUAGUCUACUGUCAUUAUAUGUUCGCAAAACUUCUGUGUGAGGUCUGAUACCUUAUAUCAUACAAUAAUGGAGAUUCUUUAAAACAGUAGGGUUGCCUAUAGCACUUAACCAGCAAUGAUUUUAUAGAGCAAAUUAACAAAGCUAACAUCUGAUCGGUUCCAAUGUGCAAACAUGGCGCACCACUAAUUCAUUUUUUCCACUAAAGUUUAGAAACUAAAAGCAGAACCCUGAUUCGUUGCUAUGGGUAGAGAGGACAUGAGGCCCAAUGAUGCAUACAUGAAGCCGAUUGAUUUACUAUUGGCUUAAGUUUAUUAUAUUGCCAAUAUUGGAGCUCUGUACAACAUCCUAAUGGCACACAUCCAUAAUACAAUGCUGCAGACUGUUGUAGGGCCCUACUGAACCUCUGUAUACUUCUGAUUUUGUAUGGAUACAUACAGAUUUCUCAGUAUUGAAUGGCUUAGUAUUAUUGAGCUAUUCUGAGCAGAGCACCAUACCCUGGUGCAUAGAGUUCCUCAGGUUCCAUAAUAUGGAGCCCAAAGGACCCUGUCUGCUCAAUAUAGCCUCCACACAUGAGACAAUUGCCUGUAAACGUAUCAACUUUCUGCAUUACAUAAUGUGGAGUGUAGGAGAUAAUAAAGCAGUCUACAAAAUGUUUUUUCAUAUUUCCCAACAGACCUAAAGUCCAAAAAAUAAGCCAUAAAUAACUGAUAGAUGCGAGCCCCACCUCUUCAUUCAUUCUACACCAAGGGAGCUGGGGGACCCCCUGUUCUAUGCAUGUGUGGGACCUGCAUCUAUUAGAAAUGUAUGUCAUAUCUUGUGGAUAUGUCAUAUAUAUGUCCAAGUUGGGAAUACCCCUUUAAAGGGAAAUGCACUUGACUUACCUUCAUUUUUGCCCUCAAACAUUUAGCCUCUGGAUAUGUUAGCACUGCCUAGUACCAUAAGUCGGAAACAAGCUACCACAGAAAUCCUGUCUAUAAAAAAGAACUUUUAUUUAAAAAUACUACUUUCCAAAAUUCUUUGUAUUGUGUGUGGAACCCCCCGUCCAGGUUUAGUGUGCACUGUACUUUCUUUAAUUUAACCCAGUCAACCAAAACAAUGUACAGGCCUUUUUAUACAUUAUAUAUAAAUAUAUAUAUAUAUGCAUAUAUAUUUUUUAAGCAAGCAUUUACUUUUAAAUUGUUUAGUCCAAUGCUUUCUUUUUUAUUGCUUUUCUACAUUUUAUGGGAAAUCAGAUAGCCUUUUAUAAAAAUGGAACAUAUAUAUUAGUACACCAUGUGUAAAAAAAUAUUCUAUACCUUUAAAAUGCCCCAGGGUGCUAAUUUAGUAGAGUUUUUCUUUUUUUAAUCUUUUUUUUAUUUUUAUGGAGAGAACAUAAGUGAAAUUAUAUGAACAUAAGCACUAAUGGUAACACAAGAAUCGCAUUUUAUGUUACCUUUGAUUGGAAUCAAGCUUUAUGGAUUGGUUCUGUUUCCUCAGUUAAAAUGCAGUUGUAUUUUUUUCAUUUUUUUUUAUCAAAAGGAAAAAUAAGGUUCAGCUGUUCUAUAUAUGUCUGAGUUUUCUCAAUGUUGUAACUUGACAGUUUGACAUAUGUAUACCUUGUGGCUCAGGCAUGUCUGUUUUUUAUGCUAAACCAACAAGCUGACUCGUGUCAGUCUGUACUGCUCUACAGUUUGCCAUUGCAUAGCAUUUACAAUUAACAGUGCUUUUGAGACUGUUGUUGACCUUCACAUGCAGUCACAGGCAGUGAUGAGUGUUAAUUAUGUUUGUUGAAACACCAAACCAAAAGGCCAUAGCAAUUAUAUAUAUCCCCAUACUUGCCGCCAUAUGGACCAAGCACCUUUAAUUGCAGUUCAUAUGAUUUGCACAAUAUGUAUAUACUUUCUUGAUGUCUUGAUCUUCAGCUCAGAAGCCCACUUCACCUCAGAAAGUCAGACGUGUGGCUGUGUUAUACAGACCUGUAUUAGGGAAAUAGCUUAGUUGUCACUUGGCACUUCUCAUCGUGAUAUUGUGAUGUCUUAUCUGUGAUUUUACAUGGAACUGCAGGUAAACCUACUGAGUUAUUUUAUCAUGAUGCACUAAGAAAGCAGCCCCAAAGAGUUCACAGACAAAUUGCAACUGUACAAACUACAAAUUUAGCACUGCUUUAUCUAUAUAUGCAAGUGCUCGACAUAUUAUGUUGGUGCUUUUGUCUAAUAUAUUACUGUACACUAUGGGAGUGAUUUAUGAAAGGUUAAAACUGUAAGCUGACCUAGAUUCCAAGUGCUUUAUAGAGAAUAUAGAUAAUAUUUGAUUAAUUUCCUCCUUAAAGACUCUGGACACCUUUAACAUGGGAUAUAUGAUUUUUGCAUAUGUUAGUGGUUACCUUGAGUAUAAAAAGUUGUGCUAAGUUUCAGGCUGCCAUCUUCAUUCCUUUCUUCAUUUUUCAGUUUGCAACCCGCAAGUUUCAGACUAGUGGGCGUGUUCCUCCCAGUAAUAGAUUCUGUGAUCUGUGUGCACAGGAUGCUGCUGUCUUCCCCCAGCAAACACAGCGUAUUUGAGCUGUGCUCCUUGGAUUCUUUCCCCCUUUUCCAUACAUCUGUCCUGUACAACCUAUUGCUGUCUGACAUUAUUGGAAGAGCAUAGAGAGCCUUCAAAAACAGGAGCAGUGCUUUGAUGGGUUAUGUCAGAUUCAGCAACACCGCCAGCUAAGUGAAAGGCUUACACACACACUGCAGAAGCAAAAUGGUAUGAUUUGUAUUUUAUUUUUUAAUGAUGACUAUUUAGAAAGUUGCUUAAAUCUGCAUUUAGGAAGCAAAUGGAUAAUGUAAAAUUCAGUGCAAAGUUGUCCAUAGUCUUUAAUCUGUAGAAAAUGGUAAAAUUAAAAAGAUAUGCUUACCUGAUCUGGUGUUCUGAUCUGGUGAAAAUAUGCAAUUUAAAGCCACCUGAAACCUGUCUGUGGUCUAGCACUCUGUGCAACUCUAUUGAAAUGAGUAGAGUGUCUCCAGUCAUGUGCAGAGCACAGCAGAAGCCUAAACCUUAGGGCAGUGUUCCUCAACUCCAGUCCUCAAGCACCACCAGCCAGUCAUGUUUUCAGGAUUUCCUCCGCAUUGAGCAGGCGAUAUAAUUAGUGUCCAUUCAUGAGGACUUACUAUAAGUAUUCAUUCUGUGGGAUAUUCUCAAAUCAUCAAUGGCUGGUGGUCCGUGAGGAAUUGGAGUUUCUGCCUUAGGGCUCUUUCACACAAUCGGAUGUCGUGCAGGUAAUCUGCUGUGUAAUAGAGUGCCAAGCCCCGCUCCGGACAGAGCAUUAAUAUGAUUGAUAAUGCUCUUUGCCUCUCUGUGAUCUUUUUACUACAAAAUCACAGUGAGAUAAAGUUUUCACCAU